ACUCCUCCCCGCUCCUAACAUGCCUGCUUCUUUUUUGUUUUACAAGAGAUAAAUAUUAUUAAAUGUUUCAGUUUUUUUAUAUUAUCUCUUAGAGUUAUAUUAGUUAAACUUAGCGCAAGACCUGUGCAAAUAAGUUUUUUUUUCCCUGGGAAGAGAAGAUAUCCUUUAUUGGGAUGAAGAAAGAAUUGGGUUGACUAGGCCGAAGUGGUGUAAUUUCCUUCUUUUCUUGCUUUCGUGGAGCAUAAGAUUCCUUAGAAAAUUGAUAGAAUAUUUCACAAAAGGACAAUUGCAUUAUUUAUGAGCAGCCUGUUGACCUUAACUAACUUAUCUGUUAAGAAAAGUUUAGUUUUCUUUAAACUAAGAACAAUUAUGUCCUGCGCUGAAGAAUUUCAAGCUGAAUUGACAAUGGAUUAUGAUAGAUCUAAGGAGAUAAAGGCUUUUGAUGAUACAAAAGCUGGUGUUAAAGGACUAGUUGAUUCUGGAAUUUUGAACAUACCAAGAAUGUUCAUUAGGCCAACUCAAGAACUUGUUGAAGAGUUGAAUCAGUGUAAGUCAACUCUAAAGAUUCCAGUGGUAGAUCUCAGUGGCAUAGAAGUUGAAGAUCGACGUAAGAAGAUUGUUGAUGAAAUAAGAGAAGCAUCAGAAAAAUGGGGAUUUUUCCAACUGAUAAAUCAUGGUGUUCCUUCAAGUGUUUUGGAAGGAAUGAUUGAUGGGAUUCGUAAAUUUCAUGAACAAGAUGUUGAGUUAAAGAAAGAGUACUAUUCGCGUGAUCGAAUAACAAGAAGAGUUAGAUAUGAGAGCAAUUUUGAUUUGUAUCAAUCAAAGACUGCAAACUGGAGGGAUACGUUGAACUUUUCAAGGCUAGUUUGUGGUCACAUUGAACCUGAACAAAUACCAGCAAUUUGCAGGAAAACAUCUCUUGAGUACAUAAAUCAUGUCAUAAAACUAGGGGAAACUCUUUUUGACUUACUGUCAGAAGCUCUUGGGCUAAAACCAGACCACUUGAAAGCCAUGGAAUGUGCCAAUGGACAAGCAUUGGCAUGUCAUUACUACCCAACAUGCCCACAACCAGAGCUAACUCUUGGCGCCGAUAAGCAUACAGAUCCUGCUUUCCUCACCAUUCUGCUUCAAGAUCAAAGUGGUGGCUUUCAAGUCAUGCAUAAUAACCAAUGGGUUGAUGUUGAACCGAUUGAACGAGGUUUGGUUGUUAAUAUUGGUGACCUUCUUCAGAUACUAUCAAAUGACAAGUUUAUAAGUGUGAAUCAUAGAGUUGUAGCGAAUGAGGUAGGACCAAGAAUGUCAGUGGCAUGCUUCUUCACUGGUGUUUUUGAACCUGCAAAGAUGUAUGGCCCAGUCAAAGAGCUCAUAUCAGAAGAAAAUCCCCCUCUUUAUACAGAAUUUACAGUAAGCGAUUACAUCAGUAAGUUUUUCUCGAGACCACUUGAUACGUCUGGUCUUGACCUGUUCAGACUCUAAUGAGUGACAUGACUAUACAUCUCUAUAGUAAACAGAACAAUGUCAAAAUUCGUGAUUUGCUGCACAUUAGUCUUUUACCAACAAUGAGUAAUAAGAGUGCUUUUGCAUUCUGCUUUGCACAACUAAGUAAACUUCUAGCCCUGAAGUUUAUAGCCACCUACUUGCAUUUUCGUCUUUUUUCACCCAAUGUUUUGCUUCAUUUCUCUGAACAUAGUUUUUACUUCAAUCUGUUAUGAAGUUGUCAAUA